AUGACAGAGAAGAGGCGUGGUUGGGAAGAGCGGCUGCUGGGUUCCCGAAAUGCUCGGUUUCUGGACAAGAACAGGGCAGAGUUUAUCCAGAGGGUUACCAUGGUGAUGCCCCUGGCAGAUGAGCUGCUGUCACUGGGCAUGCUCCACGAGGAGACCUAUUCAAAGAUAAAAGCAGCCAAUACCAGCCAGGAGAAAAUGAGGGAGCUCUUUACUGCACUGCACUGUGGAGGAGACAGAGUCAAAUCUGCCUUUUACCGUGUCCUGGAAAGACUUGAGCCACACCUGCUCCAAGACCUGGGUAAGAGAAUAGAGGAACUCCAAUCAUUAAUUGUGAAGUACAAACAGUCAACCUCCUCUCAGUAUGCAUAUGUGACAGAGUAUAACUCCCUCCCUGGUGAACAUGUGCUGCUGGCUAGCCGCUACACUGAGCUGCUGAUCAUUCAGACGCACAGAGAACAGAGUGAGAGAGAGGAAGAGAUCUGCACCAAAGGUGAGCGUUUUUUCAGUGCCAGAGACAGUGAGAAGUACAGCAACAUCACUGUGGACCAGUUUUUCUGUCCAGAUGAUCAUGGACUCAUUCCAAAAGCAGUUGUUCUCCAGGGAAACUCUGGAAAUGGCAAAUCCUUCACUGCACAGAAGAUUAUGUUGGAGUGGGCAUCUGGAACAGUCUAUACAGACCAUUUUGAUUUUAUUUUUCACCUGAAGUGUAAAGAGAUUAACCAAAUUUCUGGAGAGAAGAGUCUGGUGGAGCUCCUGAGAUACAGUCAGAGUUUAACACCAGCACAGAUCUCACAGAUAUUACAGCACUCACCAGAGAGAGUUCUCUUCCUCAUAGACGGCUUUGAUGAACUCAAACUCUCACAAGACAACAUGUCCAACUUGUCUCCUCCCCUUGAUGUCCAAACUCCAGCCUCAGCUGAGUCCACUCUGAAAGCCCUGAUGAGUGGACACCUGCUGCCUGAGUCCUUCCUGCUGGUCACCACCAGGUCUACAGCUACAGACACACUGAGCAAACUGCUCAAAAAACAACCCCAGCGUUUCACAGAGAUUAUGGGCUUCUCUGAGAGGGGGGUGGAGGAGUACUUCCAGAGGUUCUUUAAAGAUGAUCAGCUCUUACGGACACAAGCAUAUGAGCAUGUGAAGGCAAAUGAAACCCUCUUCACUGCCUGCUUCAUCCCUGUGAUCUGCUGGAUCAUCUGCACAGUAUUCAGGCAACGUCACAAAGGUGGCAUAGAAACAACAAGUAGCUUAGAAACAACCACCUCCAUAUAUGUUGACUAUGUGUCCACAAUGCUGGAUCACCACUGCCAGGGUUUGAGUCAGUCUGUCCCCAGUCUGCUUAGGAGUCUGGGACAGCUGGCAGAGAGAGGGAUGAUGGAACAGCAAGUCCUGUUUAAUAAGAAAUGUGUGACUAACAUAGUUUCAGACCCUACCAGUAAUCCUUUCUUAUGCAAAUUUCUCUGUAAGAAGAAGAUUCGCCAAGAGACAAUGUUCAGUUUCAUGCAUCUCAGCUUUCAGGAGUUCUUCACUGCUCUUUACUACAGACUUUCCCUUUCAGAGACCACAUGGCUAAAGUUCUUAAGUCCUGAAUUUAUUGAGGAAGACUCUCGCAAAUUGGACCUUCUGCCAGUUAUUCAGUUUCUCUGUGGGUUGUCGAACAAAGAAGUGAGCAGCUCUGUCAUGGAGGCGCACUGUCUUUCUGUUUCUCCCAACAUCCGCGAACAGCUGGAGGAGUGGAUCCUUAAAUUCAUCGAAGACAGAGAUAUCAUCAUGCAAGACACAAGUUUGUUCAUUCUCCACUGUCUUUAUGAGCUCCAUGAAGAGGACUUUGUGAGGAAAGCUAUGGAGAGUUGGGAGGAGAUCGAUCUUUCUCGUAAUCCACUGAAGAGGACUGAUUGUUGGGUGCUUCUGUACUGCCUGAAAUGCUGUCCGCACAUCAAAAGCCUGAGUCUCACUCACUGCAGUAUAACAGUUGAGAAACUGAAGAUCCUUCAGCCGGCAUUGCGCCAGUGUAAAGAGCUUGAACUUGGGGUGGAGAACCUGUCAGAUGAUGACGUUGGUGUUCUGGUCUCAGCUCUGGGAGAAGGAAAGGACCUGAGGGGACUGAGCCUUGACUACAGUGCUCUGUCAGAUCAGAGUGUGCAACAGGUUCUUAAUGCUCUCAGUAAACAGACGGCUGUGGGUUAUUGUUCCAUCACAGUGAGGACCGUCACCACAUACACUGCCUUCAUGCUCAGAGAGUUCCUCCUGAACCAAAACGGUAAAGGGGACAUAAGGAGUCCAGAGACGGAUGAGCAGUUGGAUGCUCUGCUUUUUUUCCUGUGCUCCGUGUCUGGUCUGAGAAAGGUGCAUCUGAAGGUGAGGAAACUGACAAGGAGCUGGUCAACCAUGAUCUUUUCACUCAUGCCCACGUGCUCCAGUCUCCAGCACAUCAGCAGCCCAGAGUUUGAUGAACAGGUAGAAGCUCUGCUGAACUUCCUGCACACUGUGCCUGGUCUGAAGAAGGUGGAGCUUAAACUGAAUAUCUUGACUGAGAGCUGGGCCGCCAGGAUCCUCUCUUUCAUCCAGACCCACCCCAGUCUACGACCUGUCAGUUUAACCAUGGCCAAAUCCCUAGCUUGUCCUUUCCCCAUCACUGGUACACCUCAUGGCAGAGGAGGGUGGUGUCACAAGGUCAAAGAGGAAUUUGAUGAGCAAACGAAUGCUCUGCUUUCCGUUGUGGAUUCUAUACCUGGCUUGAAAAGGGUGAAACUGAAUGUCAUAAGACUGACUGAGAGCUGGGCUUCCAGGAUCAUCUCACUCAUCCAGUCCUGCACGAGUCUACAGGACAUCAGUUUUAAAGCUGGUUCUGAACUGGAUGGUUUUUUGCUGGAGGAGGGAAUCAGGUUACUGCAGCACUCUCAGAAACGUCCAGACUGCACUCUGACUGUUGAAGGGAUGAGAUGCUCUAAAGACACUGACCAGUGCACAGAAGACGAGAGGUGGAGUCCAAAAGACUGUAACCGCAUUGUUAAACUUCAGUUCCAUGGAGAGUCUCUCACUGUGCUGGACUAG